CGCAGCCCUCCAUCUUGUAGCGGGAGUCGGAGCGGACAGCAGCGGAUAUGGCGGACUACAGCAGCGUGGCUCCACCGUCCUCUAACGCCGGCGGCGGCAUGAACGACGCUUUUAAAGAUGCGCUACAGCGAGCACGACAGAUUGCAGCGAAGAUCGGCGGUGAUGGCGUCGCGGCACCCCCUACUAACGAGUUCGGUUACGGAGGCCAGAAAAGGCCCCUGGAGGACGCUGGUGGGUAUUUUCCCAUGCCUAACCUGAAUAUCGACCAACCAGAGACGAAGAAAGUGGCUACAAAUGAUGCAUUUUCAGCAAUUGGAGGAAUGGGAGGUCCCCCAAGGUCGACAUCAGAAGAAUUCAAAGUUCCAGAUGGAAUGGUUGGAUUCAUUAUUGGAAGAGGAGGCGAGCAGAUCUCACGUCUUCAGCAGGAGUCUGGGUGUAAAAUACAGAUUGCCCCUGACAGCGGAGGGAUGCCAGAUCGGUCAGUCACAUUAACAGGACCACCAGAAUCCAUCCAGACUGCAAAGCAGUUAUUAACAGAGAUCGUGGAGAAGGGACGUCCAGCCCCGGCGUUCCACCACAAUGACGGCCCAGGAAUGACUGUCCAGGAGAUUAUGGUCCCUGCUUCUAAAGCCGGCCUGGUCAUUGGAAAGGGAGGAGAAACCAUCAAGAGCCUUCAGGAACGAGCUGGAGUGAAGAUGGUCAUGAUCCAGGACGGACCCCAAAACACAGGCGCAGACAAGCCACUCCGCAUCUCAGGAGAACCCUUUAAAGUUCAGCAAGCCAAAGAGAUGGUGAUGGAGCUAAUCAGAGACCAGGGCUUCAGGGAGCAGAGGGGCGAGUACGGCUCCAGGAUCGGAGGAGGUGGAGGAGGAGGAGACAGCUUAGACGUUCCCGUCCCACGAUUUGCAGUCGGAAUCGUUAUUGGGAGAAACGGGGAAAUGAUAAAGAAAAUUCAGAAUGACACAGGCGUCAGGAUUCAGUUCAAACCAGAUGAUGGCAGCACACCAGACAGGAUAGCACAGAUCAUGGGUCCCCCUGAUCAGGCUCAGCACGCAGCAGAAAUCAUCUCCGACCUGCUGAGGAGCGUCCAAGCUGGAGGACCUCCGGGACACGGCGGCGGCAGGGGACGUGGUCGCGGACAAGGCAACUGGAACAUGGGACCCCCCGGUGGCCUGCAGGAGUUCACCUUCACAGUGCCGACAAUGAAGACCGGCCUGAUCAUCGGAAAAGGUGGUGAGACAAUCAAGGGCAUCAGCCAGCAGUCUGGAGCCAGAAUUGAGCUCCAGAGGAAUCCUCCGCCCAACGCUGAUCCCAACAUAAAGAUGUUCACCGUCAGAGGCUCCCCUCAACAGAUCGACUACGCCCGGCAGCUGGUGGAGGAGAAAAUAGGGGGACCAGUCACUCCUAUGGGUGGUCCACACGGUCCUCCUGGUCCACAUGGAGGUCCAGGCCCACAUGGUCCUCCAGGACCUCCUGGACCCCCCGGAGCUCCCAUGGGUCCAUACAACCCUGGACCGUACAACCAGGGACCUCCAGGACCACAUGGUCCUCCUGCUCCUUAUCAGCCUCAAGGAUGGGGCAACGGCUACCCACAUUGGCAGCAGGGACAACCUGAUCCAAAUAAAGCAGCUGCUGAUGCCAACGCAGCAGCGUGGGCAGCCUACUAUGCUCAGUACAGCCAGCAGCCCCAGGCUCCCAUGACCCCGACCAGCGGAGCUCCAGGCACCACUCAGACCAACGGCCAAGGUGACCCACAGGCUGCAGGUCAGAGUGGACAGGCAGAUUACACCAAGGCCUGGGAGGAAUAUUACAAGAAAAUGGGUCAACAGAGUCAGCAGCCUCAGGACUACACCAAGGCCUGGGAGGAGUAUUACAAGAAACAAGGUCAAGCGGCCCCUCAGGCGGCCACGGCGGCGACAGCGGCGGCCUCUCAGCCAGGAGGCCAGCCGGACUACAGCGCUGCCUGGGCGGAGUACUACCGGCAGCAGGCCGCCUACUACGGCACCGCCAACCCUCAGUCCAUGGGAGCGGCACCACAAGCCCCUCAGGGCCAGUAAUGUGAAGUGGACAAAAAGUAAAUGUCGAAACAAAAUCCUUUGUUAAAUGUUUGGAUGCAGACGCCUUGAUGAAGAUCUUAAAUUUCCUUGGUUUGAAAGUGUUUCACAUAGAUGGCAGAUUACCGGCGAACACGUCCUCCCUGAUUUCUCUGUUUUUGUUGUUGUUUUUUGUUUUUCCUGUAAAUGCUCUGUUUUUAGUGAGGUAAUUCUACAUAUGGUCAUUCCAGCCCUGUAUUCUACAUUCACUGUGGUUAGAAGUCAUGUUUAUUCUGCUGUUACCAUGUAAAUCAUCUCAGUUUUAAAAUGCUUGUUGUGUUUUUGCAAUAAAACAAACUGAAACCUCCUGUGUUGGUAAGUUGGGGUGGUUUGAAAAGGCAGAGAGGGGUUGACAUGAACUUCUGUAUGUUUUAGUUGUUUUACGGUGGGGUGGGGGGGGUGGAAAUGGGUUGAACUGCAGGCCGUGUGUGAGUUUUUAAUUGUCCAAAAAUCAAAGUUGUUGCUGUCCUGUCUCUCUCCAACUGUCUCUAAGGCUGGUAGAUAAGUGAUCAGGGAUCCUGAGCAGUUCAGACCAACAGACGUCCGUGUUGAUAGACUUUUUACUCCCUGUUUUCGGGUUUCUGUGUAUCGCAUCUCCUGCAUUAACUGCGUUGCUGUGGUUCUUUUUUUGACUUUACUUCUGCCUGGUUUGCUGACAUUGUUGAGCUAGUUUGAACUGUAUUUUGCCUUGAUUUAGUCACUUCCUCCUCCACAGGCAAGUUUAGAAAAGCGGUAAGCAAAAGUAUUCUUCUCAAAAUGUUGCAUAUUUUUAGUGUUAUCUCUACUUUUUUGUGCUGUUCUUUUUCCAGGACAGUCAGGUAAAAAGACUAAAAAAUGCCGCUGUAUCUCCCAGAAAUGCUUUGAACCUUUUGUCUUGCCCAGCUGUGAACUAACUCACAUGUAUAAAUUUGUUGUUUUUUUUUUUUUUUUUAAAGAAUGUUUUUUUAAUAUAAAAACAUUGCAAAAAAAAAAAAAAGGUUUUUGCUGUGCCCCUUCUGUUAGUGUUUAUCCGGUAUAAGAAGGUAGAUGUUGUAGGGUCAGCAGCCUUCAUCCUUCCUCCUGUAAUGUAAGUACACUCUGAGAAAUGCUCCAUGCUUUAUGAACUGCUAAAGAUGUAGUAUUUUUAUUCUUUUUUUGUCAAAUAUUGCUAUUUCCCCCUUUGUCUUGGGUAAGUAUGAAAUGUUGUGAGGAGAGGCGUAGAGCUUUAGACUGAUCAUUCUUCUGCCACAUGUUUCUGAGACUCAUCUCCCCUUUUUGUGCUUCACAUCCAGUCUGCUGUAGCGUUUUGCGUAGCUAGAAUUUCAGUCGGAUUCUGAACCGAGGGUUUGAAUGUCAGCGCUGUGUCACCCUGCUGGUAGGAACUGUUUUUAAGGAUGUUGGUUCUGUUUUGCGUUCUGAUGAUCUGACCUGUUAAAGUGCCAUUUUGUCCAGUCCAGGGGUGUUAAACUCGUCUCAGUCCAGGCUCCACGUGGGCCGGAAAAGUAAAAUCGCAGCAUAAUGCCCGAUAAAAAAACCACGACUCACACUUUUCCCCCUUUGAUUUAGUGCAACAAAACUAAAACGAAGACAAAAGUCAGGCGAAAAAUCAACAAAAACAAGAAAAUAUUGGACGAAUUUCGAAUGAGUUUUAGUCAUUUGGGCCAUUCAGAAAAAUAUUUUUGACAAGAUUUAUGUCAUUUUAGGGUAAUUUUGAGAACGUAGUCAUCAAGGAAACAGUGACUUCAUUUUUAACACAUUUGAGUCACUAUAGACUUUUUCUGUCAUUUUGGAUAAACUUGAGUCAUUUUGGACAGAUUUCAUCUAAUUUUGGACAUGAAUUUUAGACAAGCUCUAGUCAUUUUGGACACAUUUUGGGUCUAGGUUUGUGUAUUUGCAGUGAUGUGUGCAGCUAGAAACAGAAUGGUCACACAUUCCAUGUUUUUGCACCUGUUUAUCUACAAAGGCACAAAAUAUUCAGUCCCAGCUCUCCGGAACUGAAAGUCGAAAAAAAAACCCAAAAAAACAAACUAUUACAAAAACGAAACACGAAGCGAUUAAAAACAAAUGGAGGAACGACACAAGUGAGACAAAAAACGAGAAACAAGCGACAAGUCGGACGAAAAAAACGAGAAAAUAUUACAUAAAUGAGGCACAAAAUGACAAAUGAACAAUCUAGUAUUUUACUUUGAUGAAAAUAGCUUGUCAUGGUCUAGAAAUUAUUUAAAAUUUACGGUUUUGCAAUUUACAAUUCACAGUUAACGCUUGUGUCGUCCUCUGGGUCAAAAUUGAUCCGUUUUAAAGUUUGAAAAUGUGGAGAAAAAAAAUAUUUUCACAGUGAAACUUCUGAUGUCCACAUUUUUGCAAAAUCUGAACAUUUUUUGGUGGAAAAAAAUGUUAAAAAUGUUUCUUAAGAACAUUCGCAUAAAAAUUUUUUAUGUGAAUGAUCUUAAAGAAAAUAGAAGUUUUACUGAUGUAUAUGGAAUCACUAGAUAUUUUUAGGAUUUUUUUGGAAGAUUUUUACUCAUUUUUUGAAAAUAUUUACAAGAAUUUUCUUGCCAAAUUUGGGGAAUUUUUUUAAAAAAUAAAACUUUAGGGAAACUUUUAAGGAAUUAUUGGAAUUUUCUUACUGAAAGUUUAGCAAAUGUUCAGAAAUUUGUGGAAUUCUUUUGCUGAAUGUUUGGAUUUUUUUCAGACAAGGAAACAAUAUUUCUUUUGGUGCCCAUAAAUGAGGACAACAGGAGGGUUAAUAUCUUCUCUGAAUUUUUUUCUUUUAACCUUUUGCAAAGUCGUCCCGCGGGCCAUAAUGGACCAUGUGGCGGGCUGGUUUUGUCCCGCGGUCCGCAUGUUUGACACCCCUGGAUUGGACGACGUUUUAAGAACCACAAAUGCCUAGAAAAGAAAAGUGCAUAACUCCAGCGUAGCAUGCUUAGGUUUUUAAUGUCCAACAUGAGCAUGUGGAAUGCUAGUAGUGGAAGAAGCUCAGCAUUGAUCUUUCUGUUGUUGUUGAAAGGCUGUUGAUAUUUAAGGUUGGAGAGCAAAUCUCUCUCUAUAUAUAUUAUCUAUUUUUUGACUGCAUUGUUCACUGAUGGCAAACAGUGCGAUUAUAUCUGAUCUUUGCAGUGUCGUCCCAGACCUUGCACCUUAGGUUCUGCUGCCGUAACACAGGUAAGCGAAACCUAAGGAAACCAGUGUUUUUGUCCAGUGACAUGACCAAUAUUCACAUGCUUACCUGUGUCGUUAACAAUGCAUUAAGUCGUUAAAGAAAUGUCCAGGAUAUUCAGCCCUUCUUUUUUGUUGUUGCUUUCAUGAAUGAACUGCAUGAUAUGAGCUGUUAAAAAAAGAAAAAAAAGGUUGUUGCAUUAGGAGGAAAUGCUUAAUAUUUGAUGAUAGCCUUCUGUUAUUGUUUAUCGAUGCUUUUAGAUUGACUCUGGUGUAAACAAACUGCAUGCCUGUUGCCAUUAGUGAGCCUAUGUGCUCAGGUUUCUCAAAAAACACAAAAAGACGGUGAAAUACAUGAUUUUUUCCCUGAAUUUUUUCUUGAUUCUUCUGUCGUGGUGUGAAUCUGCCCUCACGUGCAGUGCUAAUCUGCUAUUGAAACGCUGCUGCCUUCACUUCUCGCUCACAGUGUUGGAGGAUGCUGCAGGCUUUAGGUCGUAGAAUCAGGCCGUGUCGUAGUUUGGAAUCCUUUAUCCCCCACUGCUGAACGUAGACCGUUCAAGAGCUCCAGUGAUAAGGUAACAAAACAGCAACGCAAAUGAAAUUCAAAUUCUGUCAAGUGUUGGUCAGAUGAAUGUGUUUCUAGCUGGGAUUGUUGUGUUUUUAAGAUGGUUUCUCUGCCUUCAUGAAUAACUUCUAGUCAUAAACAGUAAUGUGCUUUAGAAAGUUGGACGAGGACAGGAUCUGACAUGCUUUCCUUGCAGUUAAUUUGGGAUUAAAACAAAAGGUCAGACUGUUUGUUUGAGAUGCUCGAGGGUGUAGAAGACUAAACAAGGAGCAUGCCUUAGAGUCAAAUAGAUUUCAUGUCGAUGCUGUGUAAAUAUCGGUUUGUUUCUUCAAUUUACUUUUCUGACUUCUGAAAUGUCACCAUGUUCAUUAAUAAAGUUGUAACUAAUAAACUGGA